AUGAAGAAGGAAGACGACUCCCUGACCAUCUUCGGUGUGGCCGAGCGGGACCAGGGCAGUUACACCUGCAUUGCCAGCACUGAGCUGGACCAGGACCUGGCCAAGGCCUACCUUACUGUGUUAGCUGAUCAGGCCACUCCAACUAACCGUUUGGCUGCCCUGCCCAAAGGACGGCCAGACCGACCCCGGGACCUGGAGCUCACGGACCUGGCCGAGAGGAGCGUGAGGCUGACCUGGAUCCCAGGGGAUGAUAACAACAGCCCCAUCACAGACUACGUCGUCCAGUUUGAAGAGGACCAGUUCCAGCCCGGGGUCUGGCAUGACCAUUCCAAGUUCCCAGGCAGUGUCAACUCUGCCGUCCUCCGGCUGUCCCCAUAUGUCAACUACCAGUUCCGGGUCAUUGCCAUCAACGAGGUGGGCAGCAGCCACCCCAGCCUCCCCUCUGAGCGCUACCGGACCAGCGGGGCGCCCCCCGAGUCCAAUCCUGCCGACGUGAAGGGAGAAGGCACCAGAAAGAACAACAUGGAGAUUACGUGGACGCCCAUGAACGCCACCUCCGCCUUUGGCCCCAACCUGCGAUACAUCGUCAAGUGGCGGCGGAGAGAAACUCGAGAGACGUGGAACAACGUCACAGUAUGGGGCUCCCGCUACGUGGUGGGGCAGACCCCCGUCUACGUGCCCUAUGAGAUCCGAGUCCAGGCCGAAAAUGACUUUGGGAAGGGCCCUGAGCCAGACACUGUCAUCGGUUACUCCGGGGAAGAUUGUGAGUACCCUCCCCCAUCCCCGACUUACACCAACAACCAGGCAGACAUCGCCACCCAGGGCUGGUUCAUUGGGCUCAUGUGUGCCAUCGCCCUCCUGGUGCUGAUCCUGCUCAUCGUCUGUUUCAUCAAGAGGAGUCGAGGUGGCAAGUACCCAGUGCGAGAAAAGAAGGAUGUUCCCCUGGGCCCCGAAGACCCCAAGGAAGAGGACGGCUCCUUUGACUACAGUGACGAGGACAACAAGCCCCUGCAGGGCAGCCAGACGUCCCUGGAUGGCACCAUCAAGCAGCAGGAGAGUGACGAUAGCCUGGUGGACUAUGGCGAGGGUGGCGAGGGGCAGUUCAACGAGGACGGGUCCUUCAUCGGCCAGUACACGGUCAAAAAGGACAAGGAGGAGACAGAGGGCAAUGAAAGCUCAGAGGCCACGUCGCCUGUCAACGCCAUCUAUUCUCUGGCCUAAUGGAGCCCUCCCCCCCCAACCCAGGGCACAGCCACUACUUUGCAAGUGGGAGGAGGGGAGAGGGGCAGAUGAAGCCACUGCAGACCUACCACACAGCCACCACCACCUUCAGGGACAAGGAAGGGUACAACAAGGGGAUCUGCCAAGCUGUGAGGACCAGUGACCGCCCAGCCAACCCCAACCCCCUCCCGAUGACCCCCCCUGCCCCCCUGGGGUGCCGCCAUGUGGAAGAGCUAGAGUCCAGGCUAAGCUCAGCUGGAGGGAACCCAGCCCUUUGCUCAGCCUCACGGCCACCUUGAGCCUUCCACCCCCACUGCCCGCCCUUGACCUCAGCGCACACACCAGUUGCUGUCGGUUAUGGCCCUUCACGUUGUCUUUGUUUUUGCUUUGUGCAUCUUCCCCAUCCAGACCUAGCAUCUCCAUUUUCUUUUCCUUUCGAAGAAAUGUCCCUAGACAAAGAAAGAAUAGGUGGAUUCUCCCCCAGAUAGGCAAAAGGAUUGACCUGUAAAAGAACGUCGAGAAAAGCUGUCGUAUUCACACCGCCACCUGGCCGAUGUAUUUCCGAAGGAUGCCUUUCUCGCCAGAUGCCUCCCCGGGCCCCCAACCCAUGCGCCUUGGCCUUGUCAGUUGCUGAGCUGGGCUUGGCUCUUUUCUGCAAAAUGACAGUAUUUUUGGCAGGGAGAGAGUGGGCAGGCCUGCUUGCCUCGCUCUGGUUCAGUCGGGAGGUGGGCUUACCUCUUGCUCCUUGCUCUCACCCUGCCCCUUCCUCCAGAGUGUCCCAGACAAGAGCUGCGCCAGCUCUGAAGGAGUCUGAGGAACAGGAGCGGCCACGGAUGGGAAGAGCUUCGACACCCGUGGCCGAGUACCUCAAGCAGAAGGAAACCGGGCAUCUGGUCCCUGGGGAGCUGUGCUCACCUCAGGAGAGGAGGAAAGGGCUGGGUUUGGACUUCCUUCCUCCCCAUCAAUGAAACCCAGGAUGUGGGAGAGAGGACCAUGCCCCCUGCCUGCAGGGGAGAGGGUGCCCCCUACCUGGUCAGGGAUCUCCGCCGCUGCCCUCACGGAGACGGAACCAAGCAAUGCAGAAGCUUUGCUGGUGUGUUUGGGGGUGUAACUUGCUGCUCCCCCUCUUGUCUCUAGCAGAGAGCAUCUCCUCGGUCAAUUCUGUAAGACGUUGAAAGUGGUGUUUUACACCGUGCCACCCCCCCCCCCCCCCCCCCCCCCGCCCCGAGACCGAACCAGCGUGUCCUCUCCUUGGGGUAUUUACAUAUCAGGAGAGCCCGUGGGAACACCACGCUGACCGCGCCGGAGAGCCUGGCCUGGGGACCCCGCGCCCUCCGGAUGCCUUACGCAGCUCUGAUCUGGCCCUGCAGCUCCCAGGUUCCCAGCCCCUGCCCGCAAGCCUCGAAGCCUCCAGCCAUGUCUGUCUCGAGAGUGGGGCGGCCCCUGCAAAUGUCACCGCAGAACGAGAGCAACCACUCGACGCGUGCCCUGCAUCCCGUUGCCCCCGCCGGAGACCCUGGCCAACUCCAGUUCUCUGAGACCGAAGGCGCGGCCUUCAUCCUCCCCACCUAAUCCGUUUCUGAAACCAAAGGUACCUAGCCUCAGAGAGAGAUCUUGAGCCUGAGAGCAAGCCGGUGGCUGUCACUGCAGCUAGAGUCCGUUUCGGGAGGGUGAAGCUGACCCCUAGCGAUGGCCUGCCUCUGGCACAGCCUCUGAUUCGAGCCUCCAGCUGCUUGCGGGGCGGCCUGGGCAGGAACGGGGCUGUGUCCUUCAGAGGCUCGAUUAAAGCAUCGUUUGCCACACGUUUUAAACCACAAAGGUAUUAGCAAUGCUUGCAUCACUUAGUAAUCAGUCAUUUGACGGUCAAGCCCGUAGACACAUGUACUCUGUCUGCAGGUAAGAAACCAUAGCCCAGAGCUGAGCCAAUUACGUUGUUUGAACCUGAGAGCAAGUAACGGGCCUUUGGCCCCAGCCGUGGCCAGCCUUGCGGCCCAGAAGCCCGAGGGGCAGCUCUCUCAUGGUGAAAGGAGACAGGGUGAAUAAUGGGGGGCUAGGAGUGAGCUCAGGGGUCCCCUCCCCUGGCUUUCCUCUGACGCCUGCCUGCAUACAGCGGGGCAUUCCUGCACCCAAGCCCAGCGUCCCUCAAGGGACUGUCAGGGAAGUGUGCCUGUGCACUGAAUUAAAGGACCAGCCUUUCCAGAAAACACUCUGGAUCGGAGCAGGGCAGUCUCGGGCCCCUCACUCCAUGGGACACCCCGCACACUAGUGGGCUCAGUGUACCGCAGACAGGCUCAUAGGGUGAGGGGACCGUGAGCGCACGGUGCCAGUCUGCCUGCCGCGCAGCCAAGGACCGCAGAAGGGCUUCUGCCUGCACGGGGUCUGGAGGAGAGCGGGUCCCUCAGCCCGGCCACUCCUCGUGUGUGUCCUGCCGGCUCUGAGCCUCAGCUGCCCUCGGCAGCGCGCCACCACACUGCCCACCCCUGGCAGAUGGGCGCCAGCCUGAGCCUGGAGAAGCAGUCCUCCGCAAGCAGAGAUGCUCAGAGAGGUGUGUGGCUGGCAGGGUUCGGGAGCAGCCCUUCCAGGAAGAGGAUGUCCGUUUUCCAUGGGCCCAUGCCAGAGCCGAGCCCGCGUAGCCGGAAAGCAGUAUUGGCCCACACCGCCCGGCCAGCUGGGGCGCCCAAGCAGCCCCCCGAAAACCUACCAGCCGUGGAGCCAGGAGACAGGACACCCCUGCCGCUUCCGCCUGCCUGGCUGUUGGUGGGGGGCAUCUUGCGGCGACCCCAGAAGCCCUUUGCCUGUGCUGCGGGCCCAGCUGCUGUGCUCGGCCGCCAGGCUGUGGGCUCAGGAGACACUCCUGAACUUCUAGAGUGAGCCGGGCUCGGAGCCAUAGUCAUGCGUGGCCCCUGCCCUCCCAGGGCUCACAGGCCUGGGGCUGAGGCUCAGGACACAGAGGGCAUUGGUUGGGAGCACCCUGAGUGCUUAAGCCACCGAUGGCUCCAGGCUCAAAGGGAGACGCUUCGGGGAGAGCACAUGGUCCACGAGGCUGAGCGAGACGGAGCGGUCAGAGCCUGCAGGGUGGGGUCGAGGACAAGUACUGCUUCCUGAGCCUCUUUGCUCUGCCCCUUGGGGCAAGUUGCUUAACUUGUCGGUAUGUUGGUGCCCCCGUCUCCCCUAUGUCAUCCAUCCUUUGAAUACCUCUCCCCACAGAGGGGCAGGGGCCCACCUGAAGGAGCAGGAAGGCCAGCGUGUAAGGAGUAGAGCGCUGCAGGGCCAGGGGACAGCUGCCACCCACCUUGCCUGGCUUUUGGUGGAGGGGACUCAUCUUUCCUUACCUUGCUAUUGAAGAGAUGGUUGAGGUUCGGUUGAAGGGAAAACCAGACUAGCUCUUUCCCUUGUCCAUUGCCUUUGCCCUGGGAGGUGGGAGGCAUCUGGUCCACCCCUUUCUGGCAAGUCCCAAGGUCUGGAGACAUGUCCACCUGUCCAAGAGGCAGCGCGUGCCAACACUGCUCACCCUGCAAGGGAUAUCUGCAACCUUGGCCAGAUACUGCGUCCACAGCUUUCCCGAACACGGCCUUCGGGAAGGGCUGAGGACACAUGUGGGUUUUCCAGCUAAGGGGCUGCCUCCCCCGCCCACACCCAGCACCCACGCACGGGCCGACCCACACAGUAGGGCAGCACUUUCAGGGGCAACAGUACUGAUUAUGACAUCUUAGGGUGAGUUCACACCCCGACCCGCUUGAGACGAGAUGUGAAGGGCCGCCUGGGGUGCAGUGUGCAGCUCAGGACAAGGGGGAAGAGGCUGCCCAGGUUGGACCCCAUUUGAGGGAUUCCCGCCAGCAGAGCUGAGAGAGAAAGUCUGAUCCGAAGGAGAGGGAAGCUUCCCCGGGAACAGCCCAGGGCAGAGGUUCUUUAAGGGUCAUGGGGCCCUUUGCAGGAUCCGAGCCAAGCCACAGAGAGUCACAGAGAGCCCAUGGGACUGUGGGGAUUUAAAACACUUUGCCUCAGUCUUAGCAAAGCUGCUUCGCUAACACUGAGGCGGGGAGGCUCCCCCGGCUCUCAGGGGGUGGGCAGCAGGUUCCUCGGAUGCUGGCACAGGGCGUGCUCCCCAUUCGUGACACCUUGGUCACCACUCCUACAGCCCCUGCCAAACACACACACGUCUGCUAGGAGGAAAUCACCCGGCGGAUCCUGGUUGAGCUUCGCAUGGUGGCUUAGGAGUAGCAUGUAGGAGGUCCCUGAUUUAAAAAAAAAAAAAAAAA